AUAUUGUAAUAUAAUAUUAGAGUAAUAAAUAAUAUGUUCCGCUUUGUUAAUAUUAUUUUGGAUGUUUAUCGAGAAUGGUAGCCUAGCCAGACAUCGCGGAAAAAUUGGUUUCGGUUCCGGAUCAUGACCCAAAUAGGCAUGUUGGUGCACGCACGUGGAAACACAUGCGCAUGUUUUCAUCGCCGUAAGAUAUCGAUGCCGUACAUGCUGUUCGGUACAGACACAUUUCGUGCCCAUAAUUACUAUCGCAGUGGCACACACCACAUAAGUGAGUAUGUUCAAUUCGAUUAUCUCCAACGAGUGCCCACUGAGGUAUUUCUAUUGGAACACGGGAAACAAUCUGAAACUCCUGGUUAAUGCAGGCUUUCCGAUUUAGUGUUUGUUUCCGAACAAUGAAGUUGUGUUGGACACCCCUGUGUUGUGUUUCUUUUUUAUCAAAUAGAGUUCAUGUACACAAAACUUGCUGCCGAGAACGGAGAAACGACAGUUUUUCUUUGCCACCGGUGCCAGUACGCGGCCUAAGUUGUGACGAGCAACAUUCAUCUCGCUCUCGCGCCUUACAGGUACAGACAUACGCAGCUCUAGAGAGGGAGACGAAUAAUUUCCUUGCCUGAAUAUAUAUUUAUUGUGAGUUGCCGCAGAUUACAUAUAAUACACAGCGUUUCGCUACAUUUCACCGAUCACCGCGAAACCGCACAGAAAGCGAGACCGUGCAUUGGUUAGGCCUACGUCAACCACAUCGAUCAGCUCAGCUGGACCUGGGCGCAUGCCAGGGUUUACAAUGACAGUACAGUACAUACCAUACGUUGAAAUAAACAAGACGAUAUCUGGUUAUAUGCAGGAACAGUAUUUAAGAAGCGCACAACUGACCGCAUACGCGAGGUUUACGACAACCUUCAUGCUGCCGCCUGCAUCCAGCGACGAAUCUGACGAAUCUCCGAAUCUGCCGAAUAUUCGUCGCGAAAAGUUCGGAAAUUUCCGAAUCUGUCCGAAUCCGAAUCUCCGGUGAUUCGUCCCAUCACUAGUCGCCGGUGUACACACACCUCUGCUGACGACCUGACGUGAGCCGUAAUCCAAGCCAACCCAAACAAACGUUUUGGCGUUAUUCAGCCACGUUGUGAUCUGUGCGUCGUUUGUGUUUUCGUAGGUUUUCUGUUUACAAUUUCGUGACGGUGGAAAAAUAAAAAGAAGAAGAAAAGUGGGCAAAUACCGGAAAUGCAGCUGAGCGGGGGAGAGCUGAGGAUCACAACUUUAUCAGAUCUGGCUCAGGGCAAGACCCUUUUGGAAGUGGGCUGCGGUCCGACGCUCUGGCCCUCGUUCCUUUCUUCGAGGCGAUUCAGCGACAUCGUGCUGAGCGACCUCAUGGAAGGGAACAGGCUGGAACUCGAGAAGUGGCUCGAGAAGAGUAAAGAUGCCAUCGACUGGACCUCACGUGCCGAGGAAGUCGCUGCUUUGGAGGGCUACAGCGACACCAAGAAGGGGGCGCUGGAAAUACUGGAGCGGACCCGAUCCUCGAUUCGCAAGGUGGUUCACUGCGAUGUCCUGAAGCCCGGAGUGCUCCCACAGGAACACGAGGAAGCCUUCGACGUCGUCCUUUCCUGCAACUGCAUCGAGAGUGUCAUAGCAGACCACGAAUCUUUCCGGUGUGCGGUCUGCAACGUAGGGUCGCUCGUCAAACCUGGCGGUCUGCUCGUUCUGGCUGGUAUGGGUGGCGUAGAAAAAUUCACCCUAGGAGACGCUGAAUUCUCCGUGCCGAAACUCACCGACGACGUGGCCAAAGGAGCGGUGGCAGAUGCUGGCUUUAAAGUGAAUGUAUACCGCACGGACAACAUGGGCGCCAAGGGACGAGCUGAGCUAUUUGCGUUUGUCCUGGCGGCCCGCAAAGAUUUUAAAGGGGAUCUCUAACGAUACUUGAGCUUCUGCGCUUUUUGUUAUUACCUCAUAAGUAGGUCGGGCUACUCAGGGAACAAGGAGUAGCCACAAACUAUUGGCACGUCAUAUUUUAAUUGGAUCAGGCAAAAACAUGCAACGUCUGGUGGCGCCCCAGUGUGUUGAAGACGCGCAGUGGGUGACGUUUUGGGAAGAGCCGUCAGAAUUUAUUUUAUGCAGACGAAAUGAAGUGUAUCACUCAAUAAAAUAUCGUUAUUCUCUAAA